UAUUGUGCUGAUUUCAGAUCAAGUCUUCAAGUAAAAUUAUCGGUAGUGAAUAAAAUGGCCACCAUUCCUGCAUCUCCGAAGAAAGAUGGAGUGAAGAAGUUCUUCGCGGAAAAAUGGAAAGUUCAAGAUGAGCAAAUGGAUGGAUAUUUGUCAAAGCUGGAAUUGCUUUAUGCAAAGAAACUUUGGCAUCAGUUGACGCAAACCAUCAACGAAAUGCUGCAGAUGCCGGCAAUGAAGGAGAAGAAAAGGCUUGUUGAUCUUUACAAGCAUUUUGUUUCUGACUUCGAGAUGAAGAUGAACCCGUUGUCGCUGGUUCGAUUCAUCUCAGAAGUGAUCAAUCAAAUGACAGACCCCCAAGAUAUCGCGACAUUUUUGCAGAAAACUGAACAGAAGGAUCUUGUUGCUCAAUUGGAGAAAGAAGUCGACGAUUACGAUGGUGUCUCCGCGGCCCAUGGUGUUUUCUACCAGCUUUCUUCAGACCUCUAUCGUCUCCAAGGACGUCACGCCGAAUACUAUCGAGCUGCGUUGAGAUAUUUAGGCUGCACAGAUCUCGAGCAAAUUUCCGACGAAGAGAAGAAAAAGCGAGCUUUCUAUCUGGGUCUUGCAGCUCUUCUGGGCGACGGCGUUUACAACUUUGGGGAGCUGUUGGCGCAUCCGAUAUUGGAUAGUCUGAGAGGGACAGAAGAAGAAUGGGUGAUCGACUUGCUGUAUGCUUUCAAUUCUGGAAGUCUAGAAACUUUCGAAAAAUUGAAGCCGAAAUGGAGCCAGCAACCGGACCUUGCAUCGAAGACCAUCAGUUUAAAACAGAAAAUUUGUCUUCUGUGCUUGAUGGAGAUGACCUUCCGAAGGCCAGCGAACGCCCGUCAAAUAUCCUUCGCCGAAAUCGCAAAAGAGACCAGAUUGCCCGAGGACGAAGUUGAGCUGUUGGUUAUGAAAGCCCUUGCUCUAGGUCUUCUCAAGGGUUCUCUGGAUCAAGUAGCUGCUAAGGUGAACAUGACCUGGGUUCAGCCUCGUGUACUAGACAAGAAACAGAUGGCCAAUAUGAUGGAUAGGUUGGAACUGUGGUGCAAGGACAUUCAGUCGUUGGAGGGUCAGAUAGAAAAGCAAGCCGAAGAUAUCCUGACGUACUAAAGCCAACAUCGGUUCUCCGCGUUUGUGUAAAUCCCUGUUUGCAUGAUGUGUGUGUAUCUCAUGUUUCAAAGUUUCCGGAUCAACGAUUUAAAAAAAUUGGAACGUCCAACAGUAAAAACAAAA